AUGAUAUCUUAAAGAUUCAGUGAUUGAUUAUUCAUAGAGAAUGAACAAAAUGUUUGGAUUCAUAGCUAAUCGAUUUUAUCUACCAAUUGUUUCAUUGUGUGGUUAUUAUUUAUGGCAAAAACAGACACAUAUUUGUUUUAAAAGGGUGUAUCUGAUGGAUAGUAAUACUGUGGAGGAAGCGUUGACCAAAAUAGUYAAAUUAUCAAUUGCAAAUARAGAUUUGUGGGAAGCGUGUCGAUAUGCAAAAUCAGGAACCGCUUGUAUASUUGAUAUUAAAUCCAAUAGUCAUAUAUAUCUCAUUACUUGUGCACACGUUGUAGACCAAGUGGUCAAUUUGUCAUUAAUGGAUAAUAAUAAUAUAAAAAUAGGAUAUGGAAGAGUAUUGUUAACAGAUCCAGAAUUUGAUUUGGCCAUUGUUGUUGCAAAGGUAGCUGUAUCGGCAGGUUCGGCACUUAAAUCGGCCAAAUACGCCGAUGCAAUGUUUGCCGAUCAAGUCAUGUCCAUUGGAGUUCCCAUAUCAGCCAAAAAGUUUCCCAAUUGGAGUCCCGGUAUUAUCAUAUGUCCGGUCAGUCUUUUAGCCCGAGAUGUGGUUAAAAACUAUGUGCAUCACUACGAUGUAGCCAAUCGGGUAAUGAUCGAAAGCAGUGCCGAAAUGGUUCCGGGAAUGUCCGGCGGCGCCAUUGUCAAUAUGUUGGGCGAAUUUGUGGGCUACCCGUGCAUUGGUAAUUUAAGAUAUAAGCAUUUUUUAGGUGGACAAGGCUGUCAAAUUUACCGUAUGUGCGAAAUGGCCAACAAAUUUGCUAACAAUCGGACAGAUAUUCGACUCGGGAUCAUUCAAUUGGAAUGGGAUUACGGAUGAAAAUUGUGUCGGAAAAUAAUCGCAUUUUUAUUUACUAUCAGAUAAUUAUGCCUUCAAU